AUGACCAUGCUCUUGAAUUCCGAGCACAGACUAGGCACGAAAGCGGAGCUCCGUAAACGCUACGCCGACUUUAUGGUCGAGUAUCUAGCACUUGGCCACAUGGACUUGGUGAGUCCUGAAGCUCUCACUGCACGGGAGUCGUAUUAUCUGCCGCACCACGCGGUAUUUAAGGCAGGAGACUCCUCCAAUAAGAUUCGGGUCGUUUUUAACGAGUCGUUUCGUACUACGUCGGGCUUUUCGUUAAACGACGCACUUCUGCCAGGGCCACGUCUUCAGUCGGAUCUGUGGACCGUCUUAACGAGAUGGCGACUUUUCCGCGUCGGAUUCAUGGCCGACAUCGUUAAGAUGUUUCGGCAGAUCCGAAUCCACCCAGAUGACGCUGACCUCCAGCGUAUCUUAUGGCGGGCGGACCCGUCUGAGGAAGUCCGCGACUACCGUCUUACCACUGUCACCUAUGGAACGGCUUCGGCGCCGUUCUUGGCCUUGCGGACACUACGGCAGUUGGCUCAGGACGAAUCAUCCCGGUUUCCGAGGGGAUCGGAAGCUCUCGGUCGCCACUCCUAUGUGGAUGACAUUCUUGCAGGUAGUGACUCUCCCGAUGAGGCCAGGGACGUCCAGGAGCAAUUGGCUGCGCUCUUGCGCGCAGGGGGGUUCGCUUUGAGCAAGUGGGCCUUCAAUUGGAGGAAUCUGUGCCCUCGCUCGGAUCAAGAAGAGAGAUUGUUCUCUACUGAGGAGGCGGUGGGCGUCCUAGGCGUCAUCUGGAACCCUCAGAGUGACACUCUCGCCUUGAGAGUGUCCCCGCUUGGAGACACACGCUCUGAGGUACCAUUGGCCAUGACCAAGCGAGGAGCACUUUCGGAAGUGGCCAAGCUCUUUGACCCUCUUGGGUGGGCGGCACCGGUCCUAGUGUUUGCCAAGAUUUUUCUUCAGGAUUUAUGGCUGACUGGAUGUGGCUGGGAUGAUCCACUGCCCACGGAGCUGACACAGUCGUGGCAGACCUUCCGAGCGUCUCUGCAACAAUUGGACGACGUGCGCUUGCCUCGUUGGGUCAAGCGCGGCUCAGACACGGUCACCCUGGAGCUUCAUGGCUUUUCCGAUGCUUCAGAGCGAGCCUAUGCCGCUGCCGUCUAUUUGCGAGCAGUGUAG